CCUAACUACGCAGUACAAUUUGAAGCUGCGAACCAGUUUACAUAACCAGGUUUUUAGAGGAAAGCUCUCCAAAGCCACAGGUUCUGGAGGACAUCGACUCCAAGUACCUGUUUGCGCAUGCCAUCUAGUUGAACUAAAACUUACAGGUUGCUGAAAGCUGCGUGGUUAUAAUUUAUUCUCUUUCUAACAAAAAGCCAAAUUAUGGCCGAGGAAGCCGCGAACAAUGUGGAAAUGUGGACAAUUGUGGACGUGAAUGCUACUCCUGCAAAAAAUGGAUCAGUGAACCACAUCGACAACGUUGACGCGAAGGACGCCGCAAAGAGAAUGGAAGAAACUGGUAGCCCAACGCUUAUAAACCAUGAAGAAACCCAAGAAAGCCUCGAUACAAUCUCUGCAAUGCCAGGAUUGUCUACUAGUGGAAAUAGUUUGGUUUUUAACACGAAAUACGAAGGCCCAGGGACAGAUGUUAUCGCAAACGUAACAAGUGUUGGAGACCUCAGAGAAAAGGUCGAACUAUCUUGGAAAAAUAUCAAUGUUUUUGUUCCCCAACCCAGAGCUUCUAUCUGCCGGCGGGUAUGUUGUGGAGAGAAAGAAGAUGAGCCCAGGAUAAAACAGAUCUUAUUUGAAGUCAAUGGGAAAAUUGAGGCUGGAACGUUGUUGGCUGUUAUGGGAUCAAGUGGAGCUGGUAAAUCCACCUUAAUGAAUGUGUUAGCACAUCGCAACAUUGGUCAGGUGCAGGUGAUGGGAACAGUGGAAGUGAAUGGGCACCCUGUUGGUCUUGAAAUCAAUGCUUUGUCAGCGUAUAUCCAACAGGAAGACUUAUUUAUUGGAUCACUGACAGUUAGAGAACAUCUGAUAUUCCAGGCUCUUCUUCGUAUGGAUAAACACACAUCCAAGGCAAAACGAAAGGAGCGUGUAGAGGAAGUCAUGCUUGAGCUUGGUUUGAAAAAGUGUGCAGACACAGUCAUUGGUAUUCCAGGAAGACUGCGCGGAAUUUCUGGUGGAGAGAAGAAACGCUUAGCAUUUGCAUCAGAGGUGUUGACAAACCCUCCACUACUUUUUGCUGACGAACCAACAUCUGGCCUGGAUGCAUUCAUGGCGCAGAGUUUAAUAACAUCACUUCAACGUCUUGCAGCCAGUGGUCGGACUAUCAUGUGCACAAUUCAUCAGCCAUCUUCUGAAGUGUAUGCCAUGUUUGACAGCAUUUUGCUGAUGGCUGAAGGUAGAGUAGCUUACAUGGGUUCCACAGCUGAUGCAAUACCUUACUUCAGUGGCCUUGGGUAUCCCUGUCCCAUGAACUUCAACCCUGCAGAUUACUUUGUCCACACUUUGGCUAUUGUGCCAGGAGAUGAAGAGCACUGUAAGGAAAGAGUUAAGGAAAUCUGUGAUGCAUACAGUGAACGUGCAGCAGAAAUUGCCAAAGAAGAAAGUGGGCUUGACAGACAGGAUUCCUUCAAAGGAGAUGUUCUUUUCAAGAAGCAAUCACCAUACAAAGUUUCCUGGUGUCGACAACUUUGGGCCGUCUUGUGGCGCUCUUGGAUUACCAACAGUAGAGACAUUAUCAUUUUCAGAAUUAGAAUAUUUCAAUCAAUUGUUACUGCGCUGAUCGCUGGAUUAAUCUAUCUUCAAAUACCUUAUGAUCAAGAUGGUAUUCAGAACAUUGCUGGCGUAUAUUUCUUUCUAGUUACAUCUACUUCGUUUUCCAAUCUUCAGGGAGUCCUCUUUGUGUUUCCAGUUGAACUACCUGUUUUUAUACGAGAACACAAAAAUGGAAUGUACAGAACAGACGUCUACUAUCUCGCGAAGACUUUGUCCGAGGUGCCCAUUUUUAUCAUUACUCCUUUGCUUCUGACCGGUAUUUCGUAUUGGAUGAUUGGUUUGAGGGAUAGAUUUUUAAAUUUCGUAAUCUGUUACGCAAUUAUGGUUUUGGUAACAAAUGUGGCGGUCUCCUUUGGGUACAUCAUAUCGACAAUAGCACCAACCAUCACUGCAGCAACAUCUUUGGGUCCCCCACUUAUGUUACCUUUAUUGAUUUUCGGAGGAUUCUUUCUCAAGUCGACAUCGGUGCCGGUUUAUUUUGUGUGGCUGAAGUACAUUUCUUGGUUUAUGUAUGGCUUUGAAGCUCUCAUUAUCAACCAGUGGAAAGACUAUGGUUCUAUCAGUUGUGGUACAAAUGCUACAGCUACACCGCCAGUUGUUAACGGUACCGGUGCAGUUCCGGGAGAAAAAGGGUUUUGUAUAAAGAACGGAAACCAAGCCAUUGACUUCCUGGGCUUUAAAGAGGACAAUUUGCUGUUCGACGUGUACUGUCUCAUAGCUUUAAUGGUUGGCUUCCGUGUACUUUCCUUCUUGUUUUUGCUGAGAAGAUCUUACAAACAACAGUGAUCUCUCCUCCUUUCUUUAAAACACUAUUGUAUGCACUCUAUCGUUAUUUUGUUUAUUCUCUGCUCCUUGGAGGCUCUUGUACUUGUACUUAGGCGGGUGUUGCGGUGGAAAGAUGAGGAAGGCCAAAAUGGAAGGUGCUCAGCGUACGAUUGAAGGAGAGAUGAUUCAUCUUUUCUUUCAAAGCGCACCUUAGACUGGUAUCCUCCUCUUCUUGAAUAAAGGGAGUUUAUUCAUGUAGAAGUUUUAGGUAAAGAAACUAAGCCGUAGUAAAAAUAGGCUGUGGCCGAAAUUUUUUUCAACAUUUUCGCCCAUUACUCGUUUAUUUUUGACUUCUUUGUUUUUUUCCCCUGCUUGUUAUCAUUUACCUUCUCAAAAAUUACCAGAUGAAUUUUCUCUAUGACUGUGUGUUGCAGCUGAUUAAUUAUUGAUCAGCAUUCAUAGACUGACAUGUGACUGUACUUGUUACACCUCGUUGUUCAUGACCUGAUGUAUUACAGGAGAGCACAUGCGAAUUAAGUAUAUAUUCUAUAUUUGUAGUUUAUAACGUUAUAUCAAGUUUACUUUGAUAUACAAUAUAUCUGAUAGAGCAGUACACUGUUUUUUUCUUUAGUUCAUAAUUUUUAACGAUAAUUCAUGGUAUUAUGUAGAAUGUGGAAAAAAAAAAUCCAGCAGUAACUCAAGGUAAAGCUCUUGCUAAGAAAAACAUCGAUAAAAAUGAAAAAUGUUUCCUACACGAUUUAUUAGCGGUUAUCAGUUUUGCGUUAGCGGAGUUGUAUUGAGUUAAUCAGCUGCGUUUUAAAAUUUUCUAACCUGUCGCAAGGACAUUGGUGCGAUUCAAUAUUUGUAGUUUAAAACAUCAAGUUUACUUUGAUAUACAAUGUAACUGAUGAAACAGUACAUUGCGGUUCUUUAUAGUUAACAAUUUUUUAUCGAUAAUUCAUAGUGAUAUGUAGAAUAUAGAAAAAAAAAGCCCUGUAUUUCGCGGUAACUUAAGGUAAAGCUUUUGUUAAGAAAAGCCUCGGAUAAAAUGAAAAAUGUUUCCUACAUGAUACAACUUGUAUGAGACAUCACUAAAUGUUUUGUGUUACGAAAAGUACAUUAGUAGCCUAGUGUAGAUCACAUCGAAAUGAACUUGUCUCUGAA